AUGGUGCUAGCGAUGCUGAUGUCAUCAUCGUCAAUGGCUUGCAGUUAUCGAUGCCGUGUCUUCGUGGUUUUGGUCACUCUCGGCUGCUUAGCUGCACCAGCUGCAGCUGCAGCUCAAGGAGCGCAAAAUUUGGUCUCGAACGGAAAUCUCCGGCCUGAUUUUCGGGCUGCUGCCGCUGUGAAUUGGCUGCAUGGAAGACGGCUGCCGCUGCCGCAUGCUCCUGCCCAUGCCCGUGGGAAGCGAGGCGUUUCGGGGUUCAGCCAAGAGUAUUAUGACGAUGACGGGGACACUGGAGAGCAGCCGGGGGAGAAUUGGGACGAGGACGAUUGGCGACCGCAUUUCGAGGAGGCCGAACCGGGUGAGACCGCCGAGAACAGUGUACUGGCUGGGAUGAUCGCUGAGCUGAUGAAAGACUCCCAGGUGCAGCUGGUGAUGGAUCUGGAUCUCCUGAGGUCGCUGUUUAUCCACCCGACGAGUCGGAUUCAGACGACAGUAGCCAAUGGUGAUGAGUCGUAUGUGCGGCAGUUGUUGUCGCUGUUGGAGCCGUUGAAAGUACGUGAGUUGACCUUUGACCUUUUAGUGACCUUUAUUGAUCUGUGA